AUGUCUCAAUCAUUGCGUCCAUACCUGUUGGCUGUUAGAUCCUCGCUAACGGCAGCACUCGCGAUAUCGAACUUCGCUUCUCAAACCUCCGAAAGACACAAUGUUCCCGAAAUUGAAGCCGCAACUUCUCCCGAAUUACUUCUCAACCCCCUUACAAUCUCCCGGAAUGAGAACGAGAGGGUCCUUAUCGAGCCCAGCGUGAACAGUGUCCGUGUCAGCAUUCGCAUCAAGCAGGCAGAUGAGAUAGAACAUAUCUUAGUCCACAAGUUCACUAGGUUCCUGACGCAGCGCGCGGAAUCCUUCUUCAUUCUACGGAGAAAGCCAGUGAAGGGUUAUGACAUCUCAUUCCUUAUUACGAACUUCCAUACCGAACAGAUGCUGAAACACAAGCUGGUGGACUUUAUCAUUCAAUUGUAUGUUUCAUCUGCUUUGCCCAUAUAUCGUUUGAUAAAUGAGAGGCUAACGACUUCUUCGUCUGAUAGUAUGGAGGAAGUGGACAAGGAAAUCUCGGAAAUGAAGCUUUUCUUGAAUGCCCGUGCCCGUUUCGUUGCCGAGUCGUUCCUGACACCGUUCGAUUAG